GCUUCUUUCGGCAGCAGUAACAGUUCGUCAGCCACCUCGGUAGCUUGCUAGACAAAAUAGCCGAACCAAUAAAGUUCUUUAGACGCUUUAGUGUAUAUUAGCCACUGUGUUUUGAACCUACUUCUGUCGUCUAGUUAGUUAUCAGAUUUAAUUAAAUAUGUACCGUGUUGUUAUUAGUCAGCUAGCGGGCUGGUUAAGUUAGCAUUAGCCUAGCUAGCUAACAUCUCCGACCAUGAGUUCACUAAGUUAUUCUCCUUCUGCUGAAGAAGAGGUGGUCUGCUGGACGGAGAAAGAAGCUCUCGUCAAAGAGCAGGAGGAAGAGAAGGAUGUUACAAUACAAAAACAAGUAGAGGGUGAGACUGUUACAGGGAAAGAAGAAGAGAAAGACGUUACAGUGAAAGAAGAGGCGUUAAGAGUGAAAGAGGAGGAUGAUGCAGUUUUUGAAGUGAAAGAGGAGGGGGAGAUUACGGUCACAUCGGAAGAGGAAGAAGAGGAGGAAACUGGAUAUCUGGGCCCGAUUUCCCAAACGCAAUUUAAGGCAUCCAGUGGUUCUAAAGAUGAACUUAGCCAUAAGAUGGUUUUGAGAAACCGGGCCGUGAUUACCACUGGAGAGAGACGUGACUGUCCUGAAUCCUCUGGGGAGCCUCAACAACCUCAUGAUGCUAAAAAUGCAGAGAAGAGUCUCUCCAGAUCAGAACACCUCAAUAAACACCUGCAGAGAUCCACAGGGAAGAAAUCUCACUGCUGCUCUGACUGUGGGAAGAGAUUCACCUCAUCAGGCAUUAAAAUCCAUCAGAGAACACACUCAGGAGAGAAACCUUAUAGCUGUGGUCAAUGUGGGAAGAGUUUUAGUGCAUCUAGAGAUCUGACAGUGCACCAGAGAACACACACAGGAGAGAAACCUUAUAGCUGUGUUCAAUGUGGGAAGAGUUUUGGUGCAUCUAGCACUCUGACUCUACACCAGAGAAUACACACAGGAGAGAAACCUUAUAGCUGUGUUCAAUGUGGGACGAGUUUUGGUCGAUCUUGCCAUUUGACUCAACAUCUGAGAAUACACACAGGAGAGAAACCUUAUAGCUGUGGUCAUUGUGGGAAGAGUUUUGCUGCAUAUAGCACUCUGACUAUACACCAGAGAACACACACAGGAGAGAAACCUUAUAGCUGUGGUCAGUGUGGGAAGAGUUUUGCUGCAUAUAACACUCUGACUCUACACCAGCGAAUACACACAGGAGAGAAACCUUUUAGCUGUGGUCAAUGUGGGAAGAGUUUUAGUGCAUCUAGCGAUCUGACAGUGCACCAGAGAACACACACAGGAGAGAAACCUUAUAGCUGUGGUCAUUGUGGGAAUAGUUUUUCAGCAUCUUCAGCACUGACUAUACACCAGAGAACCCACACAGGAGAGAAACCUUACAGCUGUGAUCAAUGUGGGAAGAGAUGUACUACAUCUGGCUCUCUGACUCAACACCAGAGAACCCACACAGGAGAGAAACCUUACAGCUGUGAUCAAUGUGGGAAGUAUUUUACAACAUCUUACCAUCUGACUCGACACCAGAGAGAACACACAGGAGAGAAACCUUACAGCUGUGAUCAAUGUGGGAAGAGAUUUACUAGAUCUGGCUCUCUGACUCAACACCAGAGAACCCACACAGGAGAGAAACCGUACAGCUGUGAUCAAUGUGGGAAGUGUUUUACUAUAUCUAGCCUUCUGACUCGACACCAGAGAACACACACAGGAGAGAAAUCUUAUAGCUGUGGGCAAUGUGGGAAGAGUUUUGCUGCAUCUAGCUAUCUGACUCAACACCAGCGAAUACACACAAGAGAGAAACCUUAUAGCUGUGGUCAAUGUGGGAAGAGUUUUGCUGCAUCUAGCUAUCUGACUCAACACCAGCGAAUACACACAAGAGAGAAACCUUAUAGCUGUGGUCAUUGUGGGAAGAGUUUUGCUGCAUCUAGAGCACUGACUCUACACCAGAUAACACACACAGGAGGGAAAUCUUACAGCUGUGAUCAAUGUGAGAAGUGUUUUACUACAUCUAGCCACCUGUCUCGACACAAGAGAACACACACAGGAGAGAAAUCUCAUAGCUGUGAUCUGUGUGACAAGAGAUACUCUGAUAAAAGAUCUCUGAUCAAACAUCAGAAAAUACAUGAAGGAGUUUCAUGAUAUCAAUGAAAUAAUGUCACAAUGUAGAAUGUUUUAACAUUGUAGAAGGAGUAUUUUAAUGAUGUCACAAUGUAGAAUGUUUUAACAUUGUAGUAUGAGUAUUUUAAUGAUGUCACAAUGUAGAAACCUAAAGUUUUGUCCCCUGUUCUAUUGAUUUCAGCAUGAUAUGGAUAUUAGCCUCAGGGGAAAAAUCCAGGCUCUGAAUUAAGAGAGUACUAUUUAUGUGAUUCAACAAAAAGUGACUAACAGAAAAAGAGCUGUGUUACACUUACCGUGUUGGUGACCCACUUGAAUCAAAAUGCAACACUUCAAAAUGUAGUUAACUGUUUUCUACAAGUUGUCCUCAAACCAGGGAUGUACACAUUAUUCCCAGAUUCCGUGUGGUUUUUGAGCUGUUAGUUUUAACAGGACGUGCAACCUCAUCUCCCUCCUCUCGGCAGAAUUGAUUUCAACAUGAUAUCGAUGAGUGAUGACAAAUAAGUGUUGUGUUCCUUUGUUUAGCGAUCCCUAAAUUUAAAUGCAGCACUCCAAAAUGUAGCUGACUGUCUUCUGCAGGUUGUCUAACCAGUGAGGUUUAAUAUAUCUCCCAUUUCCAUGUGUUUUUUGUUUUGUGUUACCUCCAAGAGCAGGUUCAACCAGAUUUCCUCCCAAAUCGAUAUGCGUUGCCAUGGAUCUUAAUUUAUUUUGACUACACAUUUUUCCAUAUUGUAGAUGAGUUUUGUUUGCGCUCGUUCCAAGGGGACGAGAGUUUUAGAAGCUAGUGAGUUUUAGGAUUCUAUAGAAAGAAAAAAGGAGAAGAAAUUAUUUCAAAAUACGUGUUUUUUCUUGUUUUUAAAUGUUGACAGCCAGUAGACACCAUGUUUAUUUUGUAUUGGUGAAGCAUUGUAGUUGAUUAUAAUGUGAAAUGGAAGUUUUUUUCUGUUGGUGGUGAGCAAACUUGUCCAGCAAAAAUAUAGGAUUUAUUUGUUGUCUUAAGGGGGAAGGUGUUACAGGCUUUGGUUUUUCCAUUUGUUUGAGGUUGGACUUUGGCACGUAUAGCUCGUUAGCAUGUAGGAUGCACUGAUUGGUGUCACCUCGUUAGUCAGUAUGUGUUACACCUGUGCUGGCUUGUCCAUCUCUUUAGUGGGAAGGUGUUUCACCUGAGCUGGUCCAGGUUCUAUUUAAGAGUGUCUGGCCCAGUGCUCCAGUUGUCUUGAUAGAUGUGGAGAGUCAACACCUUUAGUUGCUCCACCUUUUUGGUUUACUUCCUGUCUUUAAGUUUGGUGUGGGUUUUUCUUUUGUUUUCCUCUUCUUAGGCAGAUUUAGUGGGUCUCAUGGUGGGUGUCUUUUAGGUCCCAGUUGUUGUUACUAGUCAAUUUUCAGUCGACACCCUCAGUGUCUUUCAGAACCCCUCCUAAAAAACAAGCUUAUAUUUUGGGGUUGGAUAUUGCAUCCAAUUAAUAUUUUAAUCAAUGGCAUUUCCUAAGAAUGCUCAUCAGUCUUUCAGUUAUUAUUGUUAUCGUUUUUUCCUGUGAAUCCGUUGUGUUGUAUCCGUGUGUUAUGGGAUUUUUGUGUUUAAUGACUAAAAUAUGUAUACAUUUAACUUAGAAUUAUAACUAAACAGAAUACUACUAUAUUACUGUAAGAAUUAAUCUUAUAAUCAUAAUGUUGAAUGUUAUGUGUUCCUUGUUAGAAAGAAUGGGUUUAUCUUCAGACAGGCUAGAAUGAUGUCUCUACCCAGGGAGGGGAAAGACCUUGGGUUGUUUGUAGAUAGUUUAACAGGUGGCAGACAGUAAUGAGAACUCUAACUAUACUGCCAUUGUAUCCGAGAGGAGGAUGGACAUUAAAACCUAUGACAUCUUUAUUAUAUAACCUGAUGUAAAAUGUAUUAUGAUCAGUACUCGAGAAUAAACGCUAUUGAUUGAUUGAUUUUAA